AAAUCGCCUACCACGCUAGUCGAUUGCCAGAAUUUUGAAAUCCUUAAAUUUUCGGCUUAAGUUUUUUAAAAUCCAUAUUUUUCAGAUAGUGAAAUGGCUCGUAUGCAAUGGCGGAAAUUCCGCUUCUUCGAGAAAGAAGACCGUGUUAUUUCGGAUCCCAGUCUUGUGGACGGUCUAAAGCAGAUAUCUUUAACGUGCACUGCCAGUGGAAAAGGAUGUAUUUGCCUUGGAGCUGACGAUGGAACUAUCCAUCUGUUUGAUCGUGGUUUUGAACGCACUAGCUUUCAAGCGUUUUCGGGAAAUGUAAAGUCUAUGCAGCAAUUGAAAAUGACCAACCUUCUUAUUGCUAGUGGAAGAGAGGCGAAUUCGUCACUCGAUAUGAUCAAAGUUUACAAUCUUGACAAAAUUGAUGUAAACGGACAGCCGGUGUGCAUGCGAAGCUUGAAAGUCAACCCGAGUAAAGAUGCAAACCCAUCAAAUAGUUUGACCUGCUUUGUUGUUCACGAAAAUCUGACACUUUUAGCAGCAGGGUUUUCCGAUGGAGUGAUUGUUCUUUUCAAAGGAGAUGUCACGAAAGAGAAUAGCGGAAAGUUCAAAGUCGUUGAACAUAGGCCAAGUGACGGGAUCACCAAUUUGGUUUUUAGCCAAGCUGUGCAGGGGAUCAACUUGUACAUGACAACUUUGACAAAAGUUUGGUCGUAUGUUAUUGAUGCAAAAUAUGAGCUUGUGCAGAAAUUAGAGAACGAGAAGGGUUGCCCCGAAAAAUGUGCUGUGUUGAGCGACACAUCUCAAGACAAUCAACUAGUGACCGGAAUUUCAGAAGCAGUUUAUUUCUACAGCAUGGAUGGAAAAGGCCAAUGUCUGGCCUUUGAAGGAGAGAAAACUAUUUUGGUGUGGCAUAAAAAUUACCUCAUCACAGUGACAAAAGAUAACUUAGUUCCCCUACACGGAGGAAAAGAGUUUGCCAGGGCUGCCCUUACACCUGUUCGAGACAUGUUCACCGUUAAUGUGUAUGAUGUCGCAAAUAAGUACAUUGCUUUCGCUGUGAAAAUGACAGGUAUAAAAGGCGUAGUUUGUGAGUGGGGCUCGAUCUUUCUGAUCGGGGUGAACAAUUCUGUCAGUCAGCUGCGAGAACUGGAUACGCAAAAGAAAUUGGACAUUCUGUUUAGUAAGAACCAGUUUGACAUGGCCAUCAGUCUAGCAAAAACACAACAGUACGAUAAGGAAGGAUUAACAGAUAUUUUCAUGCAAUACGGUGAUUAUCUGUAUCAAAGAGGUGACUUUGAUGGAUCGGUCCAGCAGUACAUCAAGACCAUCGACCGAUUGGAGCCCAGUUACGUGAUCAGAAAAUUUCUGGACGCCCACAGAAUUCAUAACCUUACAACAUAUCUGCAACAACUGCACAACGAGAAAAAAGCGAAGGCCGAACAUACAACGCUUCUGCUGAACUGCUACACGAAGCUGAAAGAUGAUACCCAGUUGAAUAACUUCAUUGGGUCCAAAGACGAAAAGAGCUUCGAUGUGCACACUGCUAUUAAGGUCUGCAGAGAAGCCCAGUAUUAUGAUCACGCGCUGCGUUUGGCGAGUAUCAAACACGAGCACCAAUGGUAUGUCCGGAUCUUGCUGGAAGAUCUAAAGAAAUACGAGGAUGCGCUAACUUAUCUGAGCCAGCAAAGUUUUGAAGUAGUCAAAAAUAAUUUAAUGGAUUAUGGCAAAAUACUUGUGGAUUCGUUGCCAAAAAAGACCACCGACUUGUUGAAGACGCUAUGCACAAAUUUUGGUACAGAUCGUGAGACUCUGCAACCUUUGCGUGCCGAUCCUACAGACUACAUUAAACUAUAUGUAAUGCAACCAGAUUACUUGGUUGAGUUUUUGGAAUACAUGACUCAAAAUGUGCCAAAUUUGAGUCCAACAGUAUACAACACGUUGUUCGAACUCUACCUGAAACAGUAUACUGAUUCCAUAAUACGUGAAACCCAGAGCACAAGCUCGUCUGAUAGUAUGGAAAGAAAAUCAACCCAAGUUGAAAGUAAAGCCAUGACGCUACUCAGGGACUCUAAAGCUCCCUAUGAUAUGGACCAUGCAUUGAUUUUGUGCCAAAUGCAUGAUUUUAGAGAGGGUAUUUUGUACCUCUAUGAAAAGGCUCAUUUGUACAAACACAUUGUGAAAUACCAUAUGGAUCAUUUAGAGUUUGAUAAGGUUAUUGAGAUGUGCAAAGCACAUGGCGACAAGGAGCCUAGUCUGUGGAGAGAUGCGCUAAUAUUCUUUGGAAAACACGAAAGAUCAGAUGGUAUGGGAGAGAACUUGAAGUACAUUUUGAAAGUGAUCGAGGAGCGAGAACUUCUCUCGCCACUUCUGGUUGUCCAAAGUUUAGCUCAAAACACGGAUGUUAAAGUAGGAGUGUUGAAAGAAUAUCUGACAAGAAAGUUCAAACAGGAAUCAAAUCUAAUUGAGGAAGAGGAAUCACAAAUAUCGAAGUUGAAAGUAGAAAUUGAGAACUCGAAACAGCGAAUCAAUAACGUGAAAACGAAACCUCAACAGUUUCCCGAGAAGAGUAAGUGUUCAACGUGUGCACAGGAUUUGUACAAUCCGAGUGUCCAUUUCUACUGUCGUCAUUCGUACCAUCAACAUUGCUUUGAGUCUUACUCUGAGAAUGACCAGUGUCCACUGUGCGUGGCGAAUAAUCAGAGGUUCAACGAACAGUGGAUGUCGAUGAACAAUAGAUCCCAUCUGCAGGAGGAGUUUCAUCUCAAGCUGUCCAACUCAUCGUCCGAUGGAUUUUCACUGGUGUCUCAGUACUUCGGAUUUGGAGUUUUCAAUGAUCAGAAGUGAUUUGUGUUAAUCAAUAAAUAAAAAUCGUAUCUAUUCUCGAAUAAACUGUAAAAUUAUAUAAUUAGAUUAGUUAAAUGACAUGCCUAUUCUUAUAUGGUAAAAAUUUACAUUAUUCCACCUUU